GCGAAUAGAAGUGUUAAAGCAUAUUAAAACAAGAUGAACGUCUCUGGAAGCAGCUGUGGAAGCCCUAGUUCAGCAGAUAUAUCUAAUGAUUUUAAGGAUCUUUGGACGAAGCUAAAAGAGUAUCAUGAUAAAGAGGUACAAGGUUUACAAGUGAAAAUAACCAAACUGAAAAAGGAACGAAUUUUAGAUGCACAAAGACUUGAAGAAUUCUUCACCAAAAAUCAACAGCUGAGAGAGCAACAGAAAGUUCUUCACGAAACCAUUAAAGUUUUAGAAGAUCGAUUAAGAGCAGGAUUAUGUGAUCGCUGUGCAGUAACCGAAGAACAUAUGCGGAAAAAACAGCAAGAAUUUGAAAAUAUCCGGCAGCAGAAUCUUAAACUUAUCACAGAACUUAUGAAUGAAAAGAACACUCUACAGGAAGAAAAUAAAAAGCUUUCUGAACAGUUGCAGCAGAAAAUUGAGAAUGAUCAACAGCAUCAAGCAGCUGAACUUGAAUCUGAGGAAAAUGUUAUUCCAGAUUCACCAAUAACAGCCUUUUCAUUUUCUGGCAUUAAUCGGCUACGAAGAAAGGAGAACCCCCAUGUCCGAUACAAAGAACAAACAUACACUGAACAGGAGCAGUCUGGAUAUACAAAUGAACUGAGAAAAGUUCCAAAAUCUUCAAUUCAUCCACAACAUAAGCCUAUUGAAAAUGAAAUUCUAGUGGCUGACACUUGUGAUCAAAGUCAAUCUCCAGUAACUAAAACACGUGGAACAAGCAGUUAUCCCACUGAUAAAUCAUCUUUUAAUUUAGCUACAAUUGUUGCUGAGACACUUGGACUUAGUGUUCCAGAAGAAUCUGAAUCUCAAGGUCCUGUGAGCCCUCUUGGUGAUGAGCUCUACUGCUGUCUAGAAGGCGAUCAUAAGAAACAACCUUUAGAGGAAUCUACAAGAAAUAAUGAAGAUAGUUUAAGAUUUUCAGAUCCUAAUUCAAAGACUCCUGCUCAAGAAGAGCUAACUACUCGGGUAUCAUCUCCUGUAUUUGGAGCUACCUCUAAUGUGAAAAGUGGUUUUCGUUUGAAUACAAGUUUGUCCCCUUCUCUUUUAGAGACCGGGAAAAAAAGCCAUCUGAAAACUGCACCUUUCAGCAGCACUUCUAAUUCUAGAUCAGAGAAAACUAGAUCAAAAUCUGAAGAUAGUUCCCUUUUCACACAUCCCAAUCUUGGGUCCGAAGUAAACAAGAUCAUUAACCAGUCUUCUAAUAAACAGAUACUUAUAAAUAAAACUGUAAGUGAAUCCAUAAGUGAACAGGAUAGUAGUGAUCACAUUAAAAAUGCUAUUACUGAUAAAGAUAAACAUGUGAUACCACUGAAAUCAUUGGGAUGGAAAACAUCCAAAAGGAAGAAAAUUGAGGAAGAAAGUGAAGAUGAAGUAAGCUGCACCCAAGCAUCUUUGGAUAAAGAAAAUGCUUUUCCUUUUCCACUGGAUAGUCAUUCUUCUAUGAAUGGAGACUAUGUGAUGGAUAAACCUCUAGAUCUGUCUGAUCGAUUUUCAGCUAUUCAUUGUCAAGAGAAAAACCAAGGAAGUGAGACCUCUAAAAUCAGAUAUAGGCAAGUGACUCUCUGCGAGGCUUUGAAGCCCAUUUCAAAGAGCUCUUCCUCAAGCAGAAAGGCCUUGAGUGGGAGCUGUGUGCAAACCAAAGAUUCCCCAGGGGAGCUCUGUUUACAGGAGUGCAUCCUCCAGCCCCUGAGUAAAUCCUCCCCAGAUACCAAAAUACCAUUACAAAUAAAGGAAGAAAAUCCUAUCUUUAAAAUCCCUCUACAUCCACGUGAAAGUUUGGAGACAGAAAAUCUUUUUGAUGACAUGAAGGAUGCUGGUUCUCAUGAGCCAGUAAGAAUAAAAACCAAGUCAGUUCAUGGAGCCUGUGAACUUGCAUCAGUUCUUCAGUUAAAUCCAUGUAGAAUCACUAAAAUAAAGCCUCUACAAAACAAUCAAGAUGUACCCUUUGAAAAUAUCCAGUGGAGUAUAGAUCCAGGAGCAGACCUUUCUCAGUGUAAAAUGGAUAUUACUGUAACAGAUACAAAGGAUGGCAGUCAGUCAAGAUUAGCAGGAGGAGAGACCGUGGACAUGGACUCUACAUUGGUUAGUGAAACUGUGCUUUUAAAAAUGAAGAUACAAGAGCAGAAGGGAGAAAAAAGUCCAAAUGGAGAAAGAAAAAUGAAUGAUAGCUUGGAAGAUAUGUUUGAUAGAACAACACAUGAAGAAUAUGAGUCCUGUUUGGCAGAGAGCUAUCCUCAAGUAGCAGAGAAAAAGGAAUUGUCAGCUACAACAAAGAAACCAAACACUCAUGGUGAUAAACAAGAUAAAGUCACACAGAAAGCAUUUGUGGAGCCAUAUUUUAAAGAUGAUGAAAGAGAGACUGGCUUACAAAAGUUUCCUCAUAUUGAGGUGGUUCGGAAAAAAGAAGAGAGAAGAAAAUUGCUUGGACACACAUGUAAGGAAUGUGAAAUGUAUUAUGCAGACAUUCCAACAGAGGAAAGAGAAAAGAAGUUGGCUUCCUGUUCAAGACACCGAUUCCGCUACAUUCCACCCAACACACCAGAGAAUUUCUGGGAAGUUGGUUUUCCUUCCACUCAGACUUGUAUGGAAAGAGGUUACAUUAAGGAAGAUCUUGAUCCUUGUCCUCGUCCAAAACGACGGCAGCCUUACAAUGCAGUCUUUUCUCCAAAAGGCAAGGAGCAGAAGACAUAGAUGUUGAAGCAAAAAACAUG